AGUUUGAUACAUAUAUAGUUUCUUAGUAUAAGUAAUGUAUUGCAUGCAUGAAAUACAUCUGCCAACUUGUUCAGACUAACAGAACAGUAGUCUUUAUCUUCUAAAGUUGCUUUAUUAGUUUGGGCAUCUAAAUAAAGACCAUCCUCUUUUGAAUGCUCUUGUUCAAACAAAGCAUUCCCCUCCUAUACUGUCCCUAUAAAUAGUCCAACAUGAGAGCUCAAAUAUUCAAACUAUCAUAAGCUUCAAACAUUUCCUCCUAGCCUAAUUCCCUCCGUCUCCAAAGUCGAAAACCAACUUCCCCAUUGGGUCGAGUUCACCUUGGAUUCGAUCCGAUGGUCUUGACCUCUCAAUAAGUAAACUACUGUUUCGUAACCAAGGGUUACUUUUCGUCUUCCCUUGGCUUACAUUUUCCUUGGUUUAAGACGAAACUUUCCUAUAUCGAAUCAAGCUUGUCAAGAUGGACAAGGUAAUACGGUUGGCAUCAGCGAAUGAUGUGGUGAUUUUUAGCAAGAGCUCAUGUUGCCUGUGCUAUGCAGUCAACAUUCUAUUUCAGGAGAUUGGAGUGCGCGCUUCAGUUAAUGAGAUCGACAAUGACCCUGAUGGCAGGGAAAUGGAGAAGUGUCUAAUGAGGAUGGGGUGCUCUUCUGUUCCGGCCGUGUUCAUAGGUGGACAACUGAUCGGAUCAACCAAUGAAGUCAUGUCCCUCCACCUUAAAGGGCAACUGAUCCCAAAACUGAAGGCUUAUGAGCAGAAGGCUACGUCCUGA